CGUCGUCGUUCUACCAGAUCAAGUGCAAGUUCCACCAUGUGAGGUUGGAAGUUAUUCUCUGGUCCAUAAUUUGUUACGUUCGAACACUGUUUUGGUGAAUCGCCAUGCUGAUCGAAGGUGAUCGCUGGCAGGUGGGCUUUUAAAGGAAAUAGAAAGUAGAAUUUGUUAAAUUGGAACGUGUUGGAGGCAGAUUUUUGUUGGUGUUUUUUUUUUUAUUUAUCGUCUGCAGCAAUGGGUUGUUGUGGCUGCUCUUUAGCUACUUCAACUGUAACAGCUGUCGUUCUUGGGUUGUUGGAGAGCAUCAUUGGCCUUUCAUGGAACAUUCUAGUCAUUGUCGUCAUGUCCCAGAAGACCAACUUCAACGAAACAUUCGAAGAUCACUUCAACCUCACCACAACAACAGCACCUGAAGUCGAAUACUCAGCAGACGAUUCCUCCACUAGUCAAGAAUAUUACCUACUUUGGAGGAACCUCAAUGAAAAACUCAAAUCUGAUCCUCAAGUCCAGCAUGAACAUAUUUUCGAAGUUGUUGUGGCAGCCCUUGUCUUAAACUCUUUGUGGUUAAUUACAACACUAGGCCUUGCUGUUGGAAACGCUGAAAAAUGCAGAGACAUGUUGAAGCCUUGGAUUGGAACGACGCUCAUUAUUACUGUAACUGAUAUAGCCGCAACUGUAUAUUUUAUAAUUAAAGCGGUGAAAUCCGAAGAUGAAAUGGAUGUAAGAACAGCAUUUUUUACAAAUUUGUUUGUGUUUUGUGCCGUUAUGUUUUCUAGAGGAGGCAUUGUCAUCUGGAUCAUUAACAUCGCAUUGUGCGUUUUUGUUGCCCAAAGAGUGAAAGAACUCGGAUCGAUGAAGACUAAAAGAAUGCCUUUUGAUUCGGACUUCCACAUUAUGCCGUACUCCUUGAACUCUCCUUACGCUGCCUUCGAGACAGAGACUUCCUCCAGAAACGCAAAAAAUUUCAGACCACACACUCCACCUCCAGACUACGAAGGUCCCGGCAAGCAUCGUCGCCCUUCCUUCUCCUCGGAACCUGAAACAAUGACUUUGCCAAUAAGCAUGACCAGCAGUCAUGGUUCAUUAGCUCAACGCCCUCUCAGCGCUGGCAGCUACAUCUAUGACGAUCGCGUUGAGCUACAACAUCGGGCCUCCUGCGCUGCUGAAACAGUUCUGCACCAUGCCUACGAGAACAAAGGCCUAGUGAUGGAUGCCGAAGGGUGGAUGGGUAUUCCAAGACCAACCUUAAAGUCAUCGUCUCAUCAAUAAACCUGUGUAUGAACAUUUUGCCAACAAACUACAUGCUGCGCUUGAAUACGAAACAGCAUUCAACAACGGCUACAAAAAUCUACAUUUAGACAAGACAUAAACAGAAUUGUUGAAUAUUCGUAGGAGUCUCACCCAAAGACGGAUCUAGCUUCUGGUUUUGGAGGAGUUCAUUAUCAAAAUAUGAAAAACAUUAGAAGCGGGAGGUGCCAUAAGCACAAUAACUCUGCUACCUUAGGAUUCAUCCCUGGCAAUCUCUUGAAAUUCAAGUGCCCAAAACAGUUUAGGGGGUUCAUAACCCAAGUAAACCUUCCUAGAUCCACUCUUGGUUUUAUUACUUUCAGUGUCCUAUUUUAAGGUUUUCUCAUGAAUGUUGAAGAACUUAUUGCAAAAAUACUCUCAUUUUUCAUAUUGUAGACAUAAUUCACAUGUUUAUAUGAUGUGUUUUUAUUGUACAUUCAUGAUGCUAUUAAAUUUUGUAA